AUGGAGGAGGAGGAGGAGGUGGUGGUGGGGGCUAUGGUCCUGAUCGAAAUGGUGAUCAAUCUGGCAAGCGCAAUAGGGAUAAUGGUACUCGAGGAGGAUCAGGAAAUGACCACUAUAAUCGGGACCGUUCUAGUCUCUGUGAACAUCUCGGUACAGGAAACUUCCAUUUGGGGUAAAGAGAACACUCCUGAUAGCAAAGUAAUUGGAGGUACUGCUGUUACUUGCUGGAGGUGUCAAAGUCUCUUCUGUUGUAUCUCUUCUUCGUGGUAGUCUGGGUGGACAAAUCGGCUUGAUUAGUCUUUCGAUGUGCGAACUAUGGCUAAAAGAUUCAACUGUUUAAUGUCCGUGAAUGCUCAUUUUGAUGUUUUGGUCUGAUGACAUUGCUUGCUUCACUUUCAACAAUCAAAUUUGGCCUUAUUCUUUCAAUGCUAUGAUGGGUACUGGAUUCUCUUUCUGUUA